CGGAAUCACACGUGUUCUCCCUCUUUGCAAACGAUGGGCUCUCCUCUUUUAUAUAUUUUCUCUUCACUCGAUCAGUCCCCGCAGAAGGCGGAUAAGCAGGCUGCAUUUUUGACAUUGCCAAAAAAAAAAAAAUGAAAUAAAUCCAUAUUAAAAUACAACCGUCCCCCUAAAUCUCCAAUCCAUUAAUUUCUUUUUUUUUAAUCGCACGUUUUAAUAAACAUUCUUUUUACAAUUACAAAAUUGCAACGUUGCUUCAUCCAACAACAACAAAACUACCAAAAAAAAUUGAGAUUUGAGAGACGGGUUGCAAUAAAUAGGAUGGUUUGGCAAAUCAUAUUUCAGUAGCCUGAAACUGCCUUGCUUCCCCGACACAACCCGCGGAUUAUGUGGACAUCAUGAAUGCGCUGCGGUAUUUGGUUUUUGCUGCAGUGAGCUCCCGGUUCACAGUUUCAGGUUUGAGCCGCAGCGCUGUGCGGGGUACCGCCGUUUGGGACUGGGGAGCCCACAGCGACAAGUGGGAGAGCGGGCAAUCCCUGGAGCACAUCACCCAACCCAAGCGGCUAGUGCACCAAAUCCAUUCGGACAACGAGAUCCCGCACAAGGAGCUCGACACCCGGGUGAGGACGGAUUCUGACGGGCAGGCACGUCCUCUCCAUCUCGCUCAAGCAAGCUUCCUAGUGGAUGCCUUUGAGGACUCCUUCAUCCUGGAGCUGGAGUUAAACCAUAAUCUGCUGUCCUCUGGAUACGUGGAGAGACACUUCUCUGAGGACGGGACGGUCCUGCAGAGUUCGGGCGGAGAGCACUGCUAUUACCACGGAACUCUCCGAGGAAUCCCAGGAUCCUUCGCUGCCGUCUCCACCUGCCACGGCCUGCACGGUGUCUUCUCUGAUGGAAACUUCACCUAUGGGAUUGAACCUCUUUCCAGUGCAGACAGUCAGGGUAGCGAUGCUCAUGUGGUUUACAGGACCCCUGGCCUGCCCCUGCCCCUGCCCCUGCCCCUGCCCUGCCCCAAUUGCACUGAUGGAGUCAACAGUGACAGCACUGAUGAUGUCACCGAUGACAUCACUACCCCAGAGAGAGGCUCCUCCGAGCAGCUCCGGACUCGGUCGAAGAGACAGGUGCGCCAUGCACAGCCCACAGUCCAGAGUGAGACCAAGUACAUCGAGCUGAUGGUGGUGAACGACCAUCACCUGUUCCAGCAGAUGCGGAAGUCAGUGGUUCUGACCAGGAACUUUGCGAAAGCCAUCGUGAAUCUGGCCGACGCGAUCUAUAAAGAGCAGUUGAACACCAGGAUUGUGCUCGUUGCCAUGGAGACCUGGUCUUCUGAGAACAAGAUCUCCAUCGGCGACGACCCCUUGGUGACCCUGAAGGACUUCAUGAAGUAUAGGAGGAAGAGCAUCCAGGAGCACAGCGACGCCACCCACCUGUUCUCGGGGCGCACCUUCCAGAGCAGUCGCAGUGGGACAGCCUUCAUCGGGGGGGUCUGCUCACUAUCUCGAGGUGGGGGCGUCAAUGAGUAUGGGAACGUGGGCCCCAUGGCAGUCACCCUGUCUCAGAGCCUGGGGCAGAACAUCGGCAUGAUGUGGAACAAACAGCGUAGCUCCGCAGGGGAGUGCAGGUGUCCUGACUCCUGGCUCGGGUGUAUCAUGGAGGACACUGGGUACUCUCCCCGGAAGUUCUCUCGCUGCAGUAUUGAUGAGUUCAGCCAUUUCCUGCAGGAAGGGGGGGGGAGCUGCCUCUUCAACAAGCCGCUCAAGCUGCUCGACCCCCCUGAGUGUGGAAACGGCUUUGUGGAGACGGGGGAGGAGUGUGACUGCGGCUCUCCUGUGGAUUGUCUGAAGAGCGGGGGCUCGUGCUGUAAGAAGUGCACCCUGAGCCACGAUGCCAUGUGCAGCAACGGGCUGUGCUGCCAGAGCUGCAAGUACGAGCCCCGUGGAGUGGUAUGCAGGGAGGCUGUCAAUGACUGUGAUAUCCCGGAGACCUGCGCCGGAGACUCCAGCCAGUGUCCUGCGAACGUCCACAAGCUGGACGGCUACCCCUGCGAGACUGGACAGGGACGCUGCUACAGUGGACGCUGUAAGAACAGGGACGGACAGUGCAAGAGCCUCUGGGGCCACAUGUCGGCAGACCGGUCCUGCUAUGAGAAGCUGAAUGCCGAGGGCACAGAGAAGGGGAACUGCGGGCGAGAUGGGGCCGGCUGGAUACAGUGCAGCAAACACGUCACCCUGUACCAGCUGAACAAGUACCUGGACUGCAGAGAGGGGAGAGGAGGGGAGGGCAGUACCUGCUCACAGCACGGGGUGAGAGAGGGGAGAAGGGGAGGGGAGGGCUGUACCUGCUCACAGCACGGGGUGAGAGAGGGGAAAGGAGGGGAGGGCAGUACCUGCUCACAGCACGGGGUGAGAGAGGGGAAAGGAGGGGAGGGCUGUACCUGCUCACAGCACGGGGUGAGAGAGGGGAAAGGAGGGGAGGGCAGUACCUGCUCACAGCACGGGGUGAGAGAGGGGAAAGGAGGGGAGGGCAGUACCUGCUCACAGCACGGGGUGAGAGAGGGGAAAGGAGGGGAGGGCAGUACCUGCUCACAGCACGGGGUGAGAGAGGGGAAAGGAGGGGAGGGCAGUACCUGCUCACAGCACGGGGUGAGAGAGGGGAAAGGAGGGGAGGGCAGUACCUGCUCACAGCACGGGGUGAGAGAGGGGAAAGGAGGGGAGGGCAGUACCUGCUCACAGCACGGGGUGAGAGAGGGGAGAGGAGGGGAGGGCAGUACCUGCUCACAGCACGGGGUGUGCAGUAACGAAGUGAAGUGUAUCUGUGAAAGGGACUGGACAGGGAAGGACUGCAGUGUGUUCGACCCCAUCCCUGAGCCCAAGCCUGGGGGGGAUGAAGAGAAGUACAAAGGUCCCAGUGGCACCAAUAUCAUUAUAGGGUCCAUCGCUGGCGCCAUCCUACUGGCCGCUAUAGUCCUAGGGGGUACAGGAUGGGGAUUUAAAAACAUCCGGAGAGGAAGAUCCGGUGGGGGGUAGAACGUCUGUUCCAUACUCGCAGUCUGCCUAGAGCUUUGUUCUUUUACUAAACAACCACGAUGAAACAAAAUCACACAGAGAACGCGUCUUCCUAGGAUUGAUUGGAAGCCUCUAUUCCCCACCCUGCCUGUCUCUGUCUGUCUCGGUCUCUCUCUCUCUCUCUCUCUCUCUCUCUCUCUCUCUUUGUGGGGGGUGGGGGAACCUCAGACUGAUUCCCCGAACAGGCCACUUGACUGCCAGCUUCUUCACAGGCUCUACACUAUAUAUUUGUUAAGAAAAAAAAAUAAUAAUUAAGAAAGAUUAUGGCACAAUCCCAUCUGGAGGUUUCUUCUGCAGCAUUACUUCAAGACAAAAGACGAAUACAGGAGUACUAAAAAAAACUUAGACGAAUGUAUCCACGACAACCAGUCUUUAUCAAUGCACAAUUACAUAGUAAUAUUGGAGCUCAGAUCUGCACGGUUCUGCAAGUCUCAGAGCUCUAUAUUGAAGCAGGCCCUGCCCCACAAUGACUCCUCCCCACACAGCCCCCUCUCCACGCAGGCCCCUCCCCACGAGAACACCUCCCCCAAUGCUGGCCCCUCCCCACGAAGACUCCUCCCCACUCAGGCCCCUCCCAUGGUGACUCCUCCCCAUGCAGACCCCUCCUCACGAUGACCCCUCCCCAUGAUGACUCCUCCCCAUGAUGACCCCUCCCCAUGAUGACUUCUCCCCAUGCAGGCCCCUCCCCACAAUGACCCCUCCCCUCGGAACUCACAUAUGAAACUCCUUAACCCCCUGCUGCUGCAAGUAGUUACAGGGGCGUACUGGUUCAGAUCCCAGGAACAGCCUUCACUGGAAUAACAACCACCUGGAGAGCCAUCCAGGUGCCUCUAAACUGGAGGAAGACAUCCUACUUGAAUAUCAAAGCGGCAUUAAAGGGAGCUGCAAAUUGAGCUGGCUGCCACACAGGGAAGAAGUGCCUUGGUCAGUCUGGUCCAUCACCUUCCACUCAGCCACGGGGCUCAGGAGAGGGGACACUUCCAGGACUGCUGAGCUGCUUCCAGCACCCCCUCCUGGAUGGGACUGGGGGGGUGGGGGGUGGGGGCUGGUGGGCUCCAGGAGCAUGUUUGGAAAUGCAGGACAGAAGGAUAAUUGGGGAGAGGGAAUUUUUUGAGGGUUUGGGGGAACUCUGGUUCCAAUGGAUUACUGCAGUAUUAAAGUCAUUUGUCCCACAUGCUCCCACCCCCCUUCCUCCACUCUCUCAAAAGAAGUUGUUCUACCAGGUCUUGUGUUUAGUGUAUCCUGUCUGGGAGGCUGCCCCUUUGGGUGAUGUUAUUAAUGACUUCUAACCCGCAAAAGACUUCCUAAUAUUCCGCAGCGGAGAGCUAUCUCUGGAAGGUGCUUUCUUAACCCUAUAUCAUCCAUUGUACUAACCUGUUAUUUAUUCAAGAAAUGCAGCUGUUUUUAACAAAGGCUUACUACACUACACGGUAUGUGUGUAUAGGAUACAUACAGGCAUAGACAGUAUUUAUAGUCAGUGGGUAUGCAUGUGUGUGAAGCAGGGAUCCAAGACAUUUAAUAAAACAUUAAUACCCAGCCCAGAGCACUGGGCAUUACUGCUAUUACAAUCCGAUAUAAAUACUGAACAUGCACUGUGUGCACUUGGGAAUAAUAAUAUUUGCUGGUGAUGUGUUUUCUUCAGGUGCUUACUAGAGAUUAACAACUGUUUUUUUUAUCAAAUAGGGUUGUGAUUUGUUCAUAAUUGACAGGCAAAUAUCUGCCUGUCUUGAUAUAAGCACAAGGGAGUCAACCAGUGGGAUGGGACUGUGAUCAAACCCUCAGCGCUUGGAACUGCAAGCCUGCGUUCUUGUGCAUGAAGAAGCUGGUGCGCUAAAGUAGAUCAGCCAGCCCUGACAUGCAAACCCUGCUACAGCCCUGGAAGCCUGGAAAGCCUGGAUCCUGCCCUUCACACACUCCUGCUCUUCUGGGAUAGUUCCUAUGACAUUUCACUUCUUAUAUAUCUAUAUCAAUCGUAUAUAUAUAUAG